AGGUGAUUUCGUCCCCCCCCCUUCUCCUAUUUUUUUAAACCUCAUCCUCAUUGAGCGCUUUUUUCGAGAGGACCGUGGAUGCGGUUAGUAUGCUUCUUCUCAGACGCUCCGUGCCGAUCUGUCACGCCUCGCUCCACGGUCGACCUCGGUUCCGCGGUGCGCUGUAAGCCGAGUUGGGUCGCUUCUUCCGCGGCGUCCCUUCGGCGCUCCCCCGGUGCUCACCGUGUCCCCAAACUUCCAGGCUCCCCUCUACCCCAACCCCCACGACUCGUGUCAUUUCAAACCGCCACGCAUCUGGCACUCAACUGGAUAACAAAAUCUACCAUCACAUUUUUGUUUUUGUUUUUGUUUUUUUUUUUGGGGGGGGGGGACGAAGAAUUAUGAGUGGACGGGGGGACGAGGCCGGCGAGAGCUCGCAGGAGCCCGCAGGGGCCGCGGAGCCCCAGAAGAGGAGACCGGGGAGACCCAGGAAACUCCAAAAAGAACCCAGCGGAGAGCCCGUCCCCAAGCGACCGAGGGGCCGCCCCAAAGGAAGUAAAAAUAAGGGCCCCUCCAAGGCAGCGCAAAAGAAAGCCGAGGCGACCGGGGAGAAAAGACGCAGGGGGCGACCCAGGAAAUGGCCACAGCAAGUCGUCCAGAAAAAGCCUGCUCAGGAAGAAGAAGAAGAGGAAGAAGAGGAGGAGGAGGAGGAGGAAGAGGGCGGGGAGUCCCCGGAGGAAGAUUAAGCUUCCAUACCAUGAAACCUCUACCUCAUUCAGCUGUCAGGUCUUUCAAAGGGAAAAGACUACCUUGACCACUCGUUUUUUAACCUUUUCCACAUGUCCUUUUACUUUUCCUUCAGUCCACGUCCAGUAUUUCGCUUUGUCACUGGACGCGGGGGACCCGUCACCGAGCAGGCGAAAGACGUUUCCCCUUCCAAAACGCCGCAACGUGCAGAAACGCCUUUUUGGCGCACUCGGAGACGCGCUCGCGCUUCACGCUCUCCCAAACAAUUUUUUUGUUUUUCCAUUUUUUUAUUUUCUCGCAGGUCUUCUACGGCAUGUUAUACCCAAACUGAUGCAUGACCACCAAGGACAGGGAGGCGCACAUUUUCCUCAGGGCAGUUUUCUUCAAAUAUUCCUGAACUCAAGCCAAGCUUGCUAAAGUUGUUCGCUCAGCCCCCCCCCCCCC